GAAGAAAAGGAAAGGAAAGAAAAGAAGAGCGAAGAAGAAGCGAAAAUAAUAAAUAAUAAUCACUCUUUAGAAUUUGGAAACAAAUCAUCUUCAAGCUCGCCUCUUGAUACGCUUUCUAGAAUCGGUCUUCCUUUACUCUCCUUCUAUUUUCUUCUCUUGAUUUCAUCGUUUCAAGGAGGAUCCCAAAAAGGAAAUUGCAGAGAUGGAUGAAACGGCAGGGUCAUCGAUUAUUACCAAUUAUCCGCUAAUUUCUGCUUUUGUCGCCUUUGCUGUUGCUCAAUCUUCCAAGUUCUUCACUUCCUGGUAUACAGAAAGACAAUGGAAUUUCAAACAACUUCUGGGAUCUGGUGGAAUGCCUUCAUCCCAUUCUGCAACCGUCAGUGCUCUUGCUACAUCCAUUGGGUUACAAGAAGGCUUUGGAGGAGCACUUUUUGCAACAUCACUGAUCUUAGCAUUUGUUGUUAUGUAUGAUGCAACUGGUGUGAGAUUACAGGCUGGACGCCAGGCAGAGGUUCUUAAUCAAAUUGUUUAUGAAUUGCCUGCUGAACAUCCUCUGGCUGAGAGCAGACCACUACAUGAACUUCUUGGUCACACACCUUCUCAGGUUCUUGCCGGUUCAUUGCUUGGAAUUGUUACUGCUGUUGUUGGCUUUGUGAUUAUCUUGACUUGCAGUCAUUCUUGAUGCUCAUGAAGAUCAAAAUGCGAUUGCAGGAGAACUCUGAUUGUUUAAUUUCCAUUGCCACAGGAAGAAUUUGAAAGUUGCAGAUAAGUGGAAAUGAUCUGAAUCCUGAGACUAUUGUCUAUAAACUAGCAUAAUCUUCAAAAGAACUACCUUUUAACAAGAAUUUAAGGUGCAACUGAAUUGAUUGCCUCAUCUGAUGUAAUGCAAGUGCACAACACACACAAAACAGGGUAGAUGACACCUGAGCAAAUGCUCAAUCCAAUGGAAAUAUACAAUUGUUUCUGUGAUACUGUCAUUCACUUCCAAAGCUGCCUUUGUAUGAUUUUGGUCAAUUAUAAUUGUUUUGUUUAGCAAACUAAACCCCAUGAAAAUGAACCAGGAGCACGAGGCAUAAACUUUCUCCAGAUUC